AGCCUUAUGUCGUUUUAAGAGCCUCCUGAGGUCGGUGUGCGCGCGCAGCGCUCGCUCUUAGUAUGUGGCGUCACAAGAGCCCGAUUGUUUCCUUCAUUCACUGACGAGUUCCUCCAGUUAACAGCAGUUUACUUACCAGAGUGUCCAUGGGAUCAUGCUAGCUCUCUUUGCAAUGCUGUGUCUGGGCCUGGGGGUGGCACUGCAGGCGAAUCAGCAGGUCCACAAAGUGCAUUCGGGCAUCCAGGGUCACCAGUGGGUGAUGGAGAACUGCAGGCGGCUCUCUACCCUGCUGAGGCAGAAGCAGACGGCCGUCCGGAAACUGAGUGCGGCCGGCGUGGCCCUGGAGCGGAAUAAGAUGCUAGCACCGCCGGAGAAGCUGUUCCGCAUUCACACACUGGAGGUGUUUCAGCGCGAGCUGAAUGAGAGCGAGCGCUCACUCUUCCAGGCCGUGGAGGGGCUGCAGCGCGUGCUGAAGGGGAACCUCAGAGACGUGGUCAACAUGAAGGACAGCAGCCGGCAGAGACUGCAGGCGCUCAGGGAAGCUGCCAUCAAGGAGGAGCAGGAGUACAUGGAGCUGGUGGCAGCAGAGAAACACCAGCAGGAGGCGCUAAAAGUGGCACAGGAUCGGAAUAAAACCCUGUCCAUGCUGGAUGAGAUCCUGGAGGAUGUGAGGAAGGCCGCAGACCGUCUGGAAGAGGACAUCGAAGAACACGCCUUCGACAACAACAAACAGAUGAAGGGUGUGAAUGUCGAGGCCGUCCUGAGAGUACAGGAGGAUGAGGAGGAUGGUAAGAGGAAGAAUGAGUCAAGACAGGUGGACAAAGGCAAUUUGGGGCUCAGCAUGCUGAUCGACUCCCAAAACAACCAGUAUGUGCUGACCAAACCACGAGACUCCACCAUGCCCCGUGCCGACCACCACUUCAUCAAGGAUCUGGUGUGUGUGGUCAUGUUGUCUCUACCAUGUGGGUGGCUCUGUACGCUGAUGGGGUUGCCGCCCAUGUUUGGUUAUAUCAUCUGUGGGGUUCUUCUCGGCCCAUCAGGACUCAACAGCAUCAAAUCUAUGGUUCAGGUGGAGACAUUAGGGGAGCUGGGUGUGUUCUUCACUCUUUUUGUGGUUGGUCUGGAGUUUUCACCCGAACGCCUCCAUAAGGUGUGGAAGAUCUCGCUGCAGGGCUCUGUAAAUCUGAGUCUGCUGAUGGUGGCUGCUGGACUGGUCUGGGGUCAGUUGCUCGGCCUUCAUCCCACACAGACCGUCUUCAUCUCCAGCUGUCUAUCGCUCUCCAGCACUCCGCUGGUGUCUCGCUUCCUGGCUGGAGGAUCCAGAGGAGAAUCAAAAGAGGGUGAGCUGGACUACAGCAGUGUUUUGCUGGGCAUGCUUGUCAUGCAGGAUGUGCAGCUUGGCCUGUUCAUCGCUGUGAUGCCCACAUUAAUUCAAGGAGGAAAUGGAGACACGGAAAGUGUGCUGAUGGGAGCGCUACAUGUGUUCGUUCUGCUGGCUCGGGUUCUGGUGUCUCUGGUGGCUGUGCUGCUGUUGUGUUGGUUGCUGCGCUCUCAUCUGGUUGGUCCGUUCUACAGGAAGCUGCAUACGGAGAGCAAAGGAAACAAGGAAAUACUAGUGCUGGGCACCAGUGCAUUCGUGUUCCUGAUGCUGACGGUGACCGAAUUCAUGGACGUGUCGAUGGAGUUGGGCUGCUUUCUGGCAGGAGCGCUGCUGUCCUCACAAGGUCACAUGGUCACCACUGAAGUCAUGAGCUGUGCUGAACCAAUCAGAGACUUCCUGGCCAUCAUCUUCUUUGCAUCUAUUGGGCUGCACGUGUUCCCGACCUUUGUCCUGUAUGAGCUCACCAUCCUGUUGGUCUUAACCUUCUCACUAGUCAUUAUGAAGUUCAUAAUGGCGGUUCUUGUUCUGUCGGCUAUCCUUCCUCCGGGAUCGCGUCACAUCCGCUGGCUGGUGUCAGCUGGACUGGCGCAGGUCAGUGAAUUCUCCUUCGUCCUGGGCAGUCGUGCGCGUCGAGCCGGGAUCAUCUCUAGAGAGGUGUAUCUGUUGGUUCUCAGCGUCACCACAUUAAGUCUCCUCCUUGCUCCGGUGUUAUGGAGAGCUGCUACGCUCAAAUGCAUCCCGCGAGCUGAAAGGAAACCACUCAACUGAACCAAUGCCACAUGCGGAUGAACUGUGUUACAAUGACACAUCUCACAUUAAUGCAUCAUAUUGAUGACAGAUUGUAAGAAACAGAAGGGCAGAGCAUUAAUAUAUGAAAUAUUUUCACGGUAGUGAAAGAAAAGGAAACAGCUUGCAAAAAAAAGACUCCAGCUUUUAUAACAUCAUCAUGUGUUAUAAUGUUAUAUAUGACCAGAUGUUAUUUAUUUGUGUAAGAUGUGCCUUGAAUGGAGCAGAUGUCAGCAGACAAGCCAAAUAAUGCACCUUUUAUGAAGAUGAGCAGCUUUUGCACUGCAGAUUUUGGUACAUGCAGAGUUUACUGAUGAUGAUUCACAGCACUAAAGAACUAAAGAUUGACUAUUCAUUCAUGAUUCAUGCUGAAGUUGAAUUCUAAGCACAAGGUGGCAGUUCUUCAUCGAGAUGACAGGUUAAAUUAAUCAUAGAUUCCAAGAAUAUUCAGAAUCAUUUCUCUGGACAUGUAAUUCUCAAUUGGGUCAAAAAAUACAAUAAAAAAAUACACU